UCUGCAGAAAUGACGACAACGGAAGAAGCUCCCAAAUCGCCGCUUUUCGAGGCAAUCGACAAAAAUGACACUGAAGCAGCGCUGGCACUGCUGAAAACGAAGGAACAAGCCGCUCAACGGGAUCCCAGUGGAAUGAGUGUGCUGGCAGCUGCCGCGUAUAGAGGAAAUCUUACGUUGGUCGAGAAAGCGAUUGAGCUGAAAUGUGAUGUGAAUGAUAAAACCGAUGGAACUCUGUACACUCCACUCAUGUUUGCCGCCUUAUCAGGAAAACAGGACGUAUGCCGCCUGCUAAUGGACUCCGGAGCCCGUAUGUAUUUGGUGAAUGGAAUCGGAAAAACCGCCUCUGAACUGGCGGCAUUUGUGGGUCAUCACGAGUGUGUGGCAAUUAUCAAUAAUCAUAUAACAAUUGAUGUGAUCGAAGAUCUUUUGCGGCCAAAAGUGAAUGGAAAAUAUGAAGGAGCUGAGGAAUAUCCGGAUGAGCUGGCUGUAUUUAUUCAUUCAUUGUGUGGAUCACAUGAGAUUCAUCCUGUUAAGAUUAUUUUUCGAUUCAGUAAAUAUCCCGAUUCGUUGAAGUAUAAGAAAAAGAUCCUCUACGUCAUCGAUCGUGUCUUCGAGAAACAGCUUCGAUGUAAGGAAAGCAAUGAAAUAAUGUCGCUCAAGCUUUGGCUAAUUCUAUUUUCAAUGCGUGAAACCUCGAAAUUCGUGGAGUCGAACAAGGAAAAGUCGCCAGAAGAAGCGUCUCUACAGUACGCAAAACUGAUUUCCACGUGGCAAGAGGGCGAUGAAACUAGGCGAGCACUUGACGUGAUGCUGAGAAAUGCGGUUGCUUCGUUCCCGUAUAAACAUUCAUUACUUCAUGAUACUCUACAAAAAGCACUGCAAAAAAGUCAAAUUGGUGAACGACCAAGUGCCUAUGAAUACAUUGUUCAGGCACUUUUCGGACAACGAAUCGCUGCGGUCUGCCAGUUUUGCUCGGUUUGCGGACAUCCUGGAGCCAAGAAACGGUGCACACAGUGCAAACUCGCCUACUGUUCCCAAGAAUGCCAAAAAUUCGACUGGCCAAUUCACAAAAAAGUGUGCUCAUUUCUGAAAACGCGACAAGAAGUGUCGCCCACCGACGAGACCGCCAUGUCGCUGGACGAUAUUCAGGCUCAAAUCGCCAAAAUCGACGUGUAGAAGUGCCGAUAUUUCGAUCUCAAUAUACUUUUUUUCUGGAAUUUAUUUAUUUUUAAUGUAUAUUUCGGCUUCAUCUCAUUGCACGAACUUUUAAUUUCAUUUUCAUAAAUUCAUUUUUGAAGUCA